AGCAGAUAAUUUACACUCUCAAAGGUCUGACGUUGUCCCUUCUGUUGUACCAGGAGCCAUUUCUCCUUGUGUAUUCUGGUCUGUUCUCUUGAUCUUGUUGCUAGGCUAACCGUCACCCGUUGGGAUUCAUCUCCCCGUGUGUGUGUCCCUGACACACUUUCCCUAUUAUCUGUCUUUCAACACUCACCAUGUCAAAAUAUUCUCUAUGACUAGACUAAUAAGUUGAAGCAUCUUUGCCGUUCUUGGUCUGACAUUGAACAUUUGAUUAGAAGAAAGAAAAAGAAAAAACCGCCAGGAGCUGCUUUGAGCUGAAUCUUUGUCUUUUCUCUUUCUUCCUUUUUUAUCCAUAUUUUCAUGUCUUUUCUCCCAUCUGCUCCUGACCGAUGACCCCCCCCCCCCACACGACUUCCAACCGGCCAGGUCUGAGCAACAUUAUCGGGAUCAUCGUGUACAUAUCAGCCAAUGCAGGGGACCCUUCAAAGAGCGACUCAAAGAAGAACAGCUACUCGUACGGCUGGUCCUUCUACUUUGGUGCCCUUUCCUUUAUUAUGGCUGAGAUGGUUGGCGUCUUGGCCGUGCACAUGUUCAUCGACCGCCAUCGACAGCUGCGAAUAGGCGCACGCGCAGCCGACUACCUCCAAGGCUCGGCCAUAACACGGAUCCCCAGCUAUCGUUAUCGCUACAGGCGCCGCUCGCGCUCCUCCUCCCGAUCCACAGACCCGUCACAUUCCCGCGACGCCUCACCCGUGGGCCUGAAGGGCUUCAGCGCGCUGCCGUCCACAGAGAUCUCCAUGUACACGCUCCCCCGGGACACCCUCAAGUCGUCCGGCACGCCCACGGCCACCUACAACUCUGAGAGGGACCACAACUUCCUUCAAGUCCACAACUGCAUCCAGAAGGACCUGAAAGACUCGAGCCACACCAACACAGCCAACCGCCGCACCACGCCGGUAUGAGAGAGAGGAAACCGGCCCGGCGGGCGAGCGCCACAGAUCAGGAGACGCAGGGAGGCCCUGUGGGAGAAGUUGGAUUUCCAUGUUUAUAGACGUUCAUUACUUUUGUUCAAAUGCAUGACUUUCCAUAGCCAUUGGUGAGAGAGUUCCAACGAGUCGGCUUCGUUCCAGGACCGAGUGGGUCAGGUGGUCCCGAGUCAGAUCUGUCAUCUUUUUGGACAGGCUUUCUUUUUGGGGUCCAG